CAAGUCAGCCACACACAGCCCAGACGCCGACGUCACGAUGCUACGUUGGCCGGAAGUAACGACGUUGCUAAAGCAUCAAGCUCACCAGCGACCAAAACAAACGAAAAGCCCGCGAUAUUAUGACGACUCUUUAUUUUCGGUGACUAUGGUAGCCCACUCACGAAGUAUCCACACUUCACCGAACCUAUCGGAAUUCCCGCCUGUCGGCGAGCUCGGGACUAACGCUCCUCCACAGCAACUUUAGCUAGCUAGCUGUGUUGUUGCCGUGUGUCAACAAACCGAGUCUUGCUCAAACUGUUUUGUUGUCACGUCAGGCGAUCGCUCAGAGUGACAAUGCAGAGCAAGUUGAAUCGGCCGUGAUUUGCUGGUUGAUUUCUUUUGACAUCCGCGCCACAACUUUGGAAGUAGCUUUGUGGUCAAGAUGAGUUGGUUCAACGCAUCUCACCUGUCCACUUUCGCCAAACAAGCGCUAACGACGGCCCAGAAAUCAAUCGAUCGUGUCCUGGACAUUAAAGAAGAGAGCCAAUGGAGUGACACAACCCUAAUGCCUUAUGAAGAUGUGACAUUGCCUGAAAAGUUGUCAUUAAGCGGUGGGUGGGGGAUCACCCAGUGGGAAGCGCCACCUGAAGAAAAGGUUUCAGCUCCAGCUCCGUCUGUGGCCAUAACUACACCGGUCACCCGCACGGUUGUGGAUGAAUCCGAAAACUUUUUCAGUGCCUUCCUGCCACCUGGAGAUGGUCAGUGCAUCACCACAUCCCAGGUAGUGUCCGUAGCCCCCGCUAAAUCUCAGAAGCAGCCACGGGCGAAAGAAAAGAAUCGCAAAAAUUCCGCGAUGAAGGAAGAAGUGGAGACCCAAAAGAUGGCGCCUGCUGAUUCGGAUCGCCAACAUCAGACAGGUGACGAUGGCCAACUGGUGGCGCUGGACUGCUCGCACCAGGACACGAUUCUUCCCCAGCCGGUUUCUCCGAGUGAAAACUGUGGUGACCUUACUUGCAGCCCAGAUGACACCAAGACCAAUACCACCAGAGGGAAUCCUGACUCUGUCACCAAUCUUUCUGGUGACUCCAACGCAGAGUGGCCACAGAUCCAAACGGAGUACCCUGUUGGGGGCAACCCCUCAGCUUCUUCUGAACCUGCUGCAGUUUCUUCCCAAUCCAAAGACGCAAGGAAUUCCGAUCCGCCAGCCUCCCAAUCCUCCAAGGAUGUACAUUUAGAACAGAAGGAUUUAAAAACGGAAGACCGCCAGAGCGACACCCCCUCCCCUCCUGUUAGUGCCUUCUCUUCAGGAACAUCCACCACCAGCGACAUUGAAGUCCUGGACCAUGAGAGCGUACUGAGUGAGAGCUCAGCCAGCUCCAGACAAGAGACGGGAGAAGGAAAGUCCAGCCUUCAUUUGAUGCAUGGCUCGUUCCAACUUCUUUCCACCUCCGCUUGCGGAGAUUUCCCUCGCCUGGAAGACUAUCCCAAGCUCACCGAGAGUUGCGGUUCCUCCUCGGAUGCGUUUGAGCGCAUCGAUUCAUUCAGUGUCCAAUCGCUGGACAGUCGCAGCGUCAGUGAGAUCAACUCGGACGAUGAGAUCCCCGGCAAUCGGACUCUGGCUUCCGUGACUUCGGCCGCGACGCUUUCGGCGGAUGCUCCGUCGGACCGGAGUGAGAAGCAAGGAGGCGGACUGGCGGAGAGUACGAGCGAGCUCCAAGAAGAGAAGGAAGAGUAUUUGACUGGAAGUUUGAGGAAGCAGUCUGUGGACGAGAUGGAGGAGAGCGGACGCAGCGUGACGCCGGUGAAUUGCGAACAACCCGAACAGCUGGCGGAGAUUGAACACGAUUCGGGGGCGGAUGUCGCACAGUCCGAUCUCAGCUACGGGGCAAUCGAAGAGCUCCUUACACCAAUCGCCGAGGAGACGAAAGGUGUCUCAACAAUUCAGGUUUUGGAGCUUCAAAAGGUUAUCAAUGAGCUGUCGAGCCGCCUUGAAAAGAGAGAAGCUCAGCUGCUGGCGGUCAGCAAGGACAAGGCUGGACUGGAAGAACAGUGUGACAAUCUUCGAGAUGACGUUCUCACGCUGAAGGAGGAGAGCACCGCGAUUCAGUCCUUAAAAGAUGAAUUUACGCAGCGCAUUGCAGAUACUGAGAGGAAAGCGCAGCUGGCUUGCAAAGAGAGAGAUAUAGCCAAGAAGGAAAUCAAGGGCCUGCGAGAGGAGCUUGCCUCCAGGCUCCACUCCAGCGUUUCGUUGGAGCUCAUCAAAGAGAAGGAGGAACAGAUCAGAGGCCUGCUGGAAGAGGGUGAAAAGUUGUCCAAGCAACAGCUUCAGCACAGCAACAUCAUCAAGAAACUGCGCGCGAAGGAGAAGGACAGUGAGGCAAGACUGGCCAAGCAGCAGAGGAAAAUGAAGGACCUGGAGGAGGAGCUCGGGCAGCUGCGGCAGGUUUUGGAGGCGAAGGAAGAAGUGGAGAAACAGCAUCGAGACAACAUCAAGAAGCUGAACUCUGCCGUCGAGCGUCAGGAAAAGGAGCAGAGCAGGCUGCAGACGGACUCGGAGGAGCUGCUGGAGAAGAACAGGAGUCUCCAGGCGGCUCUGGAUAACGCUUACAAGGAGCUCGCAGAACUUCACAAAACUCACGCCAGCAGGGCCAGUGAGGCGGAAGAGGCGGCGCUGAGUCGGGAGAUGAAGGCCAAGGAGCUGCAAAGCCUGGCCCUGGAGAAGGCCCAGGAGGAGGCCCGCACGCAGCGGGAGCUUCUGGCCAAUCAGGUGGGCGACCUGAGAUUGGCGCUUCAGAGGGCGGAGCAACAGCAGGCGAGGAAAGAAGAUUAUUUGAGGGACGAGAUCAGCGAAUUGCAACAGAGGCUCCAGGAGGCGGAGUCGAGGAACCAGGAGCUCAGCGAAAGCGUGACUUCAGCAACGAGGCCCCUGCUGCGUCAAAUUGAGAACCUGCAGGCUUCGUUGGGUGGACAAACGGCAUCCUGGGAAAAGCUGGAACAGAGCAUCUCCGAUAGGCUCGUCGAAGCCCAGGCGCAACUCGCCGCCGCGGUGGAGAAGGAACGCGCGGCCACAGAAGACUCGCUCUCCGUUAAGUGCCAGUUGGCCUCGCUGGAGUCCCAGAAUUCGCUUCUUCGCCAGGAGAAGGUUCGUCUCCUGGCACUGGUGGAGGCUGAGAAGAGCAGAAGAGAGAAAUUGGAAGAUGAAAGCAGCAGGGAGCAUAUCGAGUUGGAAAAUCUGCGAGGACAACACAGCCGCGUGCUUGAAGAGGCCAAGAAAGAAAAGCUGCUGCUCACCAAUCAACUCGAGAUGGAGAAAAUGAAGGUGGAACAGGAGAAGAAAAAACACUACUUGGCGCAAGAGGCACUCAAGGAAAAGGCGCAGAGGAGCAUAAGCCACGACCCCCCGGCUUCUUCCACGCCCUCGCCGUCCCGCUCCGGCUCCACAAGUGGGGCUGACGUCGCCGCUUUGCACUGCUCGAUCUUGUCACAGGAGGAUUCUUCAGACCAGACGAUGGCGGGUGGGACCAUGUCCGUGUCAAUGAGCGGCACCAACUUGUACGAAGCGGCACGCCUGUCCGGUGGCUCCAGCGUGGUCGAGAAUAUGCAGUCUCAACUCAAACUGAGGGAAGGGGAGAUAGCCCAGUUGCAGCUUGAGAUUUCUAGUCUGGAGAGGAGCCGUUCUGUGAUGGCCGAGGAGCUGGUCCGACUCACCAAUUUAAACGAAGACAUGCAGGAGCAGCUUACGGAGAUCUCCAAGUUGAGGAUUCAACUCAAGGAUUUGGAGCAGAGGCACAACACCAUCUUGCAGAUGUAUGGAGAAAAAGCUGAAGAGGCAGAGGAGCUCAGGCUGGACCUUGAAGAUGUCAAGAGCAUGUUCAAAACCCAAAUUGAUGAACUGCUGAAGAACCAGAAAUAAGUCGGCUGCGCUUUGAUUGCACGUUGGGUAUUCACAAGGUCUGACUCCACCAGAAUCGUUCGUCUCGAUCACAAAUCAUUUGAUUUGAGUUGACGAGACGCGAUUCCGUCAGAUUUGUGGGUGAAUUUGCCUUGCGGACUUGAAACGGGACCCAAUCAGCACGAAGGAUACACCGAUUGCUCAGUUGAGGAAAAAAAAAACUAAUCACACGAACAUACUGAAGCUCCCAGGCAAAAGCGUAGAGGUCACACAAAGGUGCGAGGAGUUCCAAAAUACUGAAUGGGCUCAAGAUCUUAUCCCAGUUGAGCAACUGUUUAUCGAGCCAACUCCUGACACCAUAAUCAGGGAAAUCUUUUGGGGAAACGAUGCCCUUCAUCUGCCUGUCUGUCGGUUUUUGCUCCAUUUUCUGCUGCGGACCAGCUCACGGCGGCCCAAGACACACUUUACCGUACAGUGUAUUUUGCCCCUCCCCCUUUUAAGUUCGCCAUCCACGUUUUGCUUCUCUUGAAUCUAUCUUUGCGGUGGCAUUUGGAUGCUAAAGGUUUAUGCACUGCACAGUUUCUUCCACGUUUUCUUGUCUUCGAUAUUAAAAGAUGUACAUUACAUAGAAA